AAGCUGCGGCCGCUGUGGAAGUCGUACACGCGGCGCACGGACGGCCUGGUGUUCGUGGUGGACGCCGCCGAAACCGAGCGCAUGGAGGAGGCCAAGGUGGAGCUCCACAAGAUCAGCCGCAGCUCGGAGAACCAAGGCGUGCCCGUGCUGAUCCUGGCCAACAAGCAGGACCUGGAAACGGCGCUGCCCGUGGGCCAGGUGGAAAAGCUGCUGGGCGUGCAGGAACUGAGCGCCGGGACUCUGCACCACGUGCACAGUUGCAGCGCCGUGGACGGCCGCGGCGUGCAGCAAGGCUUGGAGAAACUGUACGACAUGAUCCUCAGGAGGAAGAAGAUGGUCAAGCACAGCAGGGGUAGGAGGAGAUGAAGAGUAUGGAGGACGGAUGAGGAAGAACACAACAUUGUCUGGUGGUGGUGGCAAAAUGCAGAGUCCCACCCUGCCUUGUCGAAGAUGAAUUCUAGUAAUAGGGAGCAGGUGCUGCUGCGAACUGUCGAAAAAAACAAAACGGCAACUUUGAAAAUCACACUUUAAAUCAUAGCGAUACCGCAAUCUCAAACUACUUUAAGAUCAAUUAAUUUCAGACACCAUUUGUAACGUUACCCUUCAAAAAAAUAAAU